AUGCCCACUAUCGAAGAACUCCAGAGGCAUUACGAGGGUCUGAACGAACUGCACAGGAAGCCAAAAACAGAGGAGGAGAUAGACCCCGGCUGCCUGCUCGCCUUCGACUACGACUACCCGGGUAGCGGGGCGGAGGUCGUAAUCGACACUGACGAGUUCACCGCCGUAUGUCCGUGGACUGACCUGCCAGACUUCGGGACACUUGAGAUCAGGUACGUGCCUGACAGGCUAUGCAUAGAGUUGAAGUCGCUCAAGUACUACCUGCUGAGCUACGAGGGAGUCGGGAUCGUCCAAGAACACGCUGCCAAUCGGAUUCUGAACGAUCUGGUGGGACUAUGCAGACCGAGGAGCAUGACGAUCGCGCUGGACUACAAGGUCAGGGGCGGGUUACACACGAAGGUCAGCGUCACGUAUGGCGGGAACGGGGUCUAG